GGUGACGCAUUUGACAUUAGCAUGGAGUGUUCUUGAAAAGUAGCUAGCUGGCUAGUAAGGGUCCAAACAUGGUUCUUAUUUCAAGAUCCUUCACUGGGUUCCUCACACAACUGUCUUCACUGACACAUCACAAUGCUUUCAGUGUGUCAGCAGCCGCGGCGGCCAUCCAGAAGAUGACCAGAGUGCGGGUUGUUGACAACAGCCCUCAAGGAACCACCCCGUGGCAUCGUGCCCCUAGAGUCAUCCACGUUUACACCAAGAACGGAGUGGGCAAAGUGGGGGACAGGGUCCUACUGGCUAUCAAAGGUGGGAAGAAGAAGGCACUCAUCGUUGGGCACAAGAUGCCCGGGGAGCGGAUGAACCCCCGUUUUGACUCAAACAAUGUCGUCCUGAUUGAAGACAACGGCAACCCAACCGGAACUAGAAUCAAGGUCCCGCUACCGACACACUUGCGCAAGAUGGAAGGGGAAUAUUCCAAACUGUUAGCCAUUGCAAGCAGGUUUGUGUAGUAGCAGCGGUUCUUCAGUAGCUGCCUGGUACUUGUACUGUCUCUGCCACUCCUAUAGGGUCAUUGUCAAAACUAAAUAUGAUAAUGGCUGUAGGCGUUGACACUGUCUGACAGAUCUAGAACCAGGUUUGUGUUAGUACUGGAGGUGUCUGCCCUCACUCAGUCAUAAUGUUGUGAUUAAACACGUUAUUAUGGCCAUGCUAUCAAAUGGACAGCUGUCUCGAACCAGGAUUGUCAUGUUAGGGCCUGCAGUUGCAUGGUAUUGCAGAUGUGAAUAACUUUCAUUAAAAAGAGAGAAACAUAUUUUGUUUUUUUAAUAAAGCCAAUUUUAAUGAGUGUGAUAUUUCUCAGGGGGUAGCCUAGAAUGAGACAACUGUUUUGGCCCAGGGUCAUCUCCACCUUGUUCAGUAUCAAGGGGAUUGACUCUCAAACACGUCAUGGAAGAAUGAGUCAGUAGCUCUGAGGUUGACUUCUCCAGGUAGGCGCUAUAACACCUUUACCAUCAGGACCUGCUUAAUGUAAUUUGUGUGCAAGUAAAAACAGGACAGAAAUUAAAUGCCUCGUAAUUU